GAUGCGCCUCACUCGGCCGGCUGGAUGCGCGAACUUCGGGGGAGCCCGGAGGAUAACUUUACAGCCGACGACCCUUUGGUCUUUGCAAAGCCAAAGGCCGAGGCCAAAGCCAAGCGAAGGUCGAAGUCCAGCGCGGCGCGGCCGCCCAGCGAGGCCUCCGGCGCAGGGACCGUCGCACCCGAGGAGGAGCGCCUUUGGCUCAAACCGCUCCGCGCGGAGCAGUGGAGGCUGGAGGAACCCGCAUUUAGCAAGUCGAGGAGCCAGCCACUGCAGUCCCGACACCUGCCGCGGAGGCCUCCACGCCCGGAGAUGGACAUGGUGGA